AUGCUUUCUUGUAUAACACUUCUCACUCUAUUAAGCACUGUAGUCUCCGCUCUCACUCUCACUGCUCCAACCGAGAGUAAUGGAUGGACUCAAUCUGGAGAUCAAAUAAUCACAUGGACUCCUGAUUCAUCAGAUCCCGAUACAAUAGUAGCCAAAAUAGUCAUACCCUUAGUAAACAUCCGACAACCCCAGAUCCUCUCUAAUAACGUCAAUACAUCUGUCGGGUCAUACAUAUGGAACCAACCUGAUCCAUCAGAGUAUACUGGUGGUGGAGUCGGUUACGCUCAAUCCACAGUACUUGAGCCAGGAGACGGAUAUGAAGUCAUCCUUAUCAGUCAUAACGGGACACUUCUUGCAGCUAGUAACUUCACUGUAUCCACUGGAACUAGCUCGGUAUCUGCCACUGCGCAAGCAUCUUAUGCGUUCAUUCCGAUUAAAUAG